UGCUCGUGUGGUACAUCUUUUUAAUGAUACAGACUCCUGCCAAGCUUUUAUCGGGUCACUAUUUUUCAAUAAAAUAAGAAAAGAGUGCAGAUAGAUUUUACCCUCGGUUUAGUUUGUAAUAAAUCCGUUUUUAAUUAAGGUUAGAGAGAAACUGAUCGGAGUGAUCCCUCUCCACGCAGAGCAGCUCCGAGAGGAGGCUGGAAGCUUCUACAAGCCGGAAGAAGACAACUAACGAGGAGGAGAUGGAGAUAGACUGUCCCCCGGAGGAGUCCAUAACGUCCACCUUCGACGAGGACUCAGUCGACCUGGGAGACGUCAAGGACAUGAGGUUGGAGGCGGACGCGGUCGUCAACGACGUUCUCUUCGCCGUGAACGAAAUGCACGUCUCGCAAAGCCUCACCAGCGCGUCGGACGUGGCCUACAUCAACGUGGAGACGAGGGAGGGGAAUCGCUACUGCCUGGAGCUGACGGAGGCCGGCCUCAGGGUGGUGGGCUAUGCUUUUGAUGAGGUGAACGAGGAGCUCAACACCCAGUAUCACGAGACCGUUUACUCGCUCCUGGACAAGCUCAGUCCUGGAUACAGGGAAGCGUUUGGGAACGCUCUGCUGCAGCGGCUGGAAAGAUUGAAGCAAAACGGACAGUAGAAGGAACAAAGAGCAUGUGGGUCACACUUGGAUACUAAACAAUAACACCCAAGUUAAUAUGUUGACCCAUUAUGCGAUAGCCAAUAGUUGCCACUAAAAUGAAGGCUACGGAGCCCUUCUAACCUAGUAUAGCUCUAAAUUUCUUAACAUUGAAUGACUUCAUGUUAUUUAGGUUUAGGGACUGCUGCACAUUGGCUCUGUGGGAUCUGUUGCAACAGUGUGCUGUUUACUUUAAGGCAGAAAUAUCACAUUUCUUCCACAUGUUAUAACUAUAAGUGAAAACAAAUCUGCUCCUCAUCAAAAAGAUGCAAAAAGAAGCAGAGAGCGGCAUUAUUUUCAUCUGACUUCCUCAUCUGCUUGUAAUAAACGUCUGCCUGGAUAUCUGCUCAAAUAUUUCCCAACCACUUUUUAUUAUUUAGUCUCUGUCUCUACGAAGGAGCCAUUUUAAAGAAAAUUGCCUUAAUGAAUGUGUUUUUAGAAGAAAGCUACUAAAGUUAGAUGAUAAUUAUUUGCUGAGAUUAGUUUUAAACAAAACCCAUUAAACAGCAGUUUGAGCGGGAAACUCAAACGGCUGUCAAUCCAACUCAAGUUAAUUUAGAUACGUUUUGCUCAUUGUUAAUGUUUGCGUCUUAACUUGCAUUUUAAGCUGCACAAAAACUCUUGAUGUUUUUUUUUUUAUUUUUUUUUUUAUUGAAUCUCAUGGUUCUGCCAGAAAGCACAGCAUUUAUUGAUCUUCAGGAAGGACUUUUAGAGCUGCUUUAAACAUUUUUUUACUGUACAUAUAACCUGUGUCAUAACCUAGUCAUAAUCCUUCAGUGUUAUGAAUUAGACUGAGAAGAGACCUCUUCCCUCACUGCAUUUAUACAUUCCCGUCCUUGUUGUUGCCCUUUUACGAUCAAUAAAGCCUCUGAAAUGCG